AUGGGUUGCUUUAGAGGUCGAAAAGAGGCGGAAAUCCGUCCUGAACAGAAGUGGGAUGCUAUUAGUCUGAAAGACUUUAAGUCAACAUCAUGUUUCACUCCUUUCGCCUACGCUUACCUUUACUUUUCUCUUAUUAUAUCCAUUGCCGUUUAUGGUGUUGAUACCUUUACCGCUAUCAAUUUGUUAGCGUUCAAUACCUGGUCGUCUAGUAUUGAACCUACUCAGCUUGUCUCGAGAGACGUAUCGAAAUGGAUUUUUGCGAUUUGCAUCAUCGCCUCUUUCAUUAACUUGGGAUUCGAACAUAUUCGUGCUAUGAGGGUCAUGAAGCGAGGAAGUGUAGCUGAAUGCUACCUUGACAGUCUCGCCGUGCGCUUAGAAAGUGUCCGGUUCGGGCAGGGUCAAGGAUGGAGGCGCUUUCUCGUCUUCGCCGAAUUGACUAAGUCUAGGAAGGGUGCUGAGUACGUCGCGCUCUUUACGUACUUCAACUUCCAAUCCUGGAUUCGAGUUAUAUUCUGUUCCGGACCGCGACAAGCUGUCAAUGCUCUGACCUUGUUAUCUGUUUACAACUCAAAUCUCAUUCCGACCGAUGUUUCUUCGGUGCAGAGCACGCUCGGGACAUUCUUUGGCAAACUCGAACAUCUCGCCGACGAAAACAAGCAGCAGGUGGUGAUCCUAUCGGGUAUGGUGUUCACUUUAGUCAUCUGGGUUUUCUCUGUCAUUUUUCUACUCACCGCAGCUCUAUUCUACGUGUUCUUCCUCUGGCAUUAUAUCCCCCGACAGGACGGUGGACUCCACGGCUACUGUGAGCGGAAGGUCAACAAACGAUUGACAAAAAUCGUGACAAUCAAAGUCAAUAAGGCUAUUGCCAAGGAAGAGCGAGAUCGGAUGAGGGCCGAGGUUAGGGCGGCGAAGAAGGCCGGCGAAAAGCCGCCCCUUGGACGACAAGCGACCUUACCGACCAUACCGACUUUGAUGGACGACGGUAGCGAAGACAAACUCCCGGACAUGCCUAUGCUCAAUCGUAACGACACCAUGGCUACCUUGCCACCAUAUACCUCGCGACCUGGUUCGCAGCAUAGUAUUGAACUUAAUUCCUGGGAUCAAAAGCGACCUGCACCGUCACGACAGGGAACAAUGAACACGAAUGCCUCAGCAUCUAGCUUCUCUUCGCGAACUCCCUUGGUGGGUAAUGCAGCCGGAAUGGGUUUUGAUCGAUCGGCAUCUCCCGCACCGACUCUACCGCAAAUUGACAUGGCCAACUUCCAGCCGCCUGCGCGUCCGGGAACUGCAGCCUCAAAUAGGAGUUUCGGGCCCGGUCCCCAACCUGCCCGGGUACAGACUAACGGGAGCGGAUUCGGUGCCGGAUAUGCUGCAAGCCCGUCUACGUAUUCGCCGGAUACCUCGUCUCCGAUGGACGGCUAUCGCCGACCUGCGCCCGUGCCCCGUCCGUAUAACCAAAUGGGUGGACGCUCUAGUCCAGCUCCAUCCGUUUAUUCGAACCGCGGGCCGCCUUCGAAUGGGCCACCAUCCUACGGUGGCCAACCUUACCCACCCCCUCGUAGUAUCACGAAUCCUAUGCCCUCUGGACAGAGAAUGCCACCACAGCGGAAUAUGACAGCACCGAUGCCGCCCCGGCAGCAGGAUGGUUACUACGGGCAGCGCCCUGGAAUGGCUCCGAAUCACCAGAGGGAUACGAGCCAGGGAUAUAAUUAUGGUAGUGAUAUGGAAUCGCAGCGUGAUUUUCCAAGAUACUAG